UUAUCACACCUCCUGUAAGAAACCUACAUAUAGUAAAUUAUUUAAAGAUAGGAGUGGAGAAACCAAAGAAUCUAUGUAAAAUAUAAUAAUCCAACAGAAUAGAGUUUACUUUCCAUUGCAUGUUAUCACUUGGGUGCAGUAACUUCUUAGGACUCUGAGCGCCGCUGUUCACCUACUAGGAGAGAAAACGCAGCCAGAGCUCAAUCCGGAUUCUCAGGGCUUCAACUACACAAGCCCCACAAACCGGCUGCUGGGCUGCAGGGAAGCUCACUCCAGAAUUUAAAGUGCCCAGGCUACAGAGACACCCUGAAGCCACAGAAAGACAAAGGAACCGGUUGAAACACACAACGUGUCCAGUGAGGACUUUGCAGAAUUCUGUAACCAGACGACAAUGGCCGCUCAAAGGAAUCGCUCAAAGGAAUCAAAGGAUUGCAGCGGGCUGGUCCUGCUCUGCCUUUUCUUCGGGAUUCCAUGGGAGGCUGGAGCCCGGCAGAUCUCCUACUCAAUUCCUGAGGAAUUAGAGAAAGGCUCUUUCGUGGGCAACAUCUCCAGGGACUUGGGGCUGGCGCCCCGGGAGCUGGCGGAGCGCGGAGUCCGCAUAGUCUCCAGAGGUAGGACGCAGCUUUUCUCUCUGAACCCGCGCAGCGGCAGCUUGGUCACCGCGGGCAGGAUAGACAGGGAGGAGCUCUGCGCUCAGAGCGCGCGGUGCCUGGUGAGUUUUAAUAUCCUUGUGGAAGACAGGGUGAAACUUUUUGGGAUAGAAAUAGAAGUAACUGAUAUCAAUGACAAUGCUCCAAAAUUCCAAGCAGAAAAUCUAGACGUAAAAAUUAAUGAAAAUGUCGCUACGGGAAUGCGUUUUCCUCUCCCGGAAGCUAUUGAUCCGGAUGUGGGCGUGAACUCCCUGCAGAGCUAUCAGCUCAGCCCCAAUAAGCACUUCUCCCUAAGAGUUCAGAGCCGUGCCAAUGGCGUCAAGUACCCGGAGCUGGUACUGGAGCACUCCCUAGAUCGCGAGGAAGAGGCCAUUCACCACCUGGUCCUCACCGCCUCCGACGGGGGUGACCCUCUCCGAUCUGGCACUGUCCUUGUCAAUGUGACUGUCUUCGAUGCAAAUGACAACGCGCCGGUCUUCACCUUGCCAGAAUACCGAGUGAGUGUUCCUGAGAAUUUGCCUGUGGGCACUCAGCUGCUGACAGUCACAGCCACCGACAGGGACGAAGGUGCCAAUGGAGAAGUGACCUAUUCAUUCCGAAAAUUACCUGACACGCAAUUGUUGAAGUUCCAACUAAACAAAUAUACUGGAGAAAUAAAAAUAUCAGAAAAUCUAGAUUAUGAAGAAACCGGUUUCUAUGAAAUAGAAAUACAAGCAGAAGAUGGAGGAGCAUAUCUUGCAACUGCAAAAGUGUUGAUUACAGUAGAAGAUGUAAAUGACAACAGUCCAGAGGUGACCAUCACGUCUCUAUUUAGUCCAGUGACUGAAGAUUCACCUCUGGGAACAGUCGUAGCCCUUUUAAAUGUGCAUGAUUUAGACUCUGAGCAGAAUGGACAGGUAACCUGUUCCAUUUUGGCGUAUCUACCAUUUAAAUUAGAAAAGUCCAUUGAUAGUUAUUACAGAUUGGUGAUACACAGAGCCCUUGACAGGGAACAGGUAUCCUCUUACAAUAUCACAGUAACAGCCACAGAUGGGGGAAGUCCACCUCUAUCAACGGAAGCUCACUUUACGCUACAAGUGGCAGAUAUCAAUGACAACCCACCUACCUUCUCUCAAGUCUCCUACUUUACCUAUAUCCCAGAGAACAACGCCAGGGGUGCCUCCAUCUGCUCAGUGACAGCGCUGGACCCGGACAGCAAAGAGAAUGCCCGGAUUAUUUACUCCCUGGCUGAAGACACCAUCCAGGGGUCACCUCUGUCCUCCUACAUAUCCAUCAACUCAGACACUGGCGUCCUGUAUGCUCUCAGAUCCUUCGACUAUGAGCAGUUUCAUGAGCUACAGAUGCAGGUGACAGCCAGCGACAGCGGAGAUCCUCCACUCAGCAGCAACGUGUCGUUGAGCCUGUUUGUGCGGGACCAGAACGACAAUGCGCCCGAGAUCUUGUACCCCGCCCUCCCCACAGACGGUUCCACUGGCGUGGAGCUGGCGCCCCGCUCCGCAGAGCCCGGCUACCUGGUGACCAAGGUGGUGGCGGUGGACAGAGACUCGGGCCAGAACGCCUGGCUGUCCUACCGUCUGCUCAAGGCCAGCGAGCCGGGACUCUUCGCGGUGAGUCUGCACACGGGCGAGGUGCGCACGGCGCGAGCCCUGCUGGACAGAGACGCGCUCAAGCAGAGCCUCGUGGUGGCCGUCCAGGACCACGGCCAGCCCCCUCUCUCCGCCACUGUCACGCUCACCGUGGCCGUGGCCGACAGCAUCCCCCAAGUCCUGGCGGACCUCGGCAGCUUCGAGUCUCCAGCUAACUCUGAAACCUCAGACCUCACUCUGUACCUGGUGGUAGCGGUGGCCGCGGUCUCCUGCGUCUUCCUGGCCUUCGUCAUCGUGCUGCUGGCGCUCAGGCUGCGGCGCUGGCACCAGUCACGCCUGCUGCAGGCUUCAGGAGGCGGCUUGACAGGCGUGCCCGGCUCGCACUUUGUGGGCGUGGACGGGGUGCGGGCUUUCCUGCAGACCUAUUCCCACGAGGUCUCUCUCACCGCGGACUCGCGGAAGAGUCACCUGAUCUUCCCCCAUCCCAAUUAUGCGGACACGCUCAUCAGCCAGGAGACCUGUGAGAAAAAGGAUCCUUUGUCUUUGUUAGAUGAUUCGAAGUUUGCUAUAGAGGAUACCCCAUUGGUUCCAGUGAGUUUUAUUUUUAUUUUUACUUUUUAUCUUGUUAAAAAAAAAAAUUGGUUUUUACUUUGA